AUGACCGUUGCCUUCUCUUAUCCCGCCCGUCGCCUUCGCUUCUCCCCCCCGUCGCCUUCGAUUUCCCCGCGCGUCGCCUUCGCUUCCCCCGCGCGGAGCCUUCGCUUCCCCCGCGCGGAGCCUUCGCUUCCCCCGCGCGGAGCCUUCGCUUCCCCUGCGCGGAGCCUUCGCUUCCCCCGCACGGAGCCUUCGCUUCCCCCGCGCGGAGCCUUCGCUUCCCCGCGCGGAGCCUUCGCUUCCCCCGCACGGAGCUUGGGGAGGGAGGAGCGGGCAACAUCAGCCGCGUCAGCUCCCUCGCUGAGAGGCGGAGGAGGAGGCGGAGGGGGAGGGGGAGGGGGAGUGGGAGGCGCGCUAGCCAUGCCCUUGCUCGUGGGCAUGGGCACGGGUGGCGGUGGUGCGAUGGAGGGUGCCUCGGGAGCGUACUGGGCGACGGAGGGGAGCAGCAGCAUGGGCGCCGGUGGUGCGUCGUCGGGUGCGUUCCUUGCAGUGCAAGGCAUGGGGGGCAGCAGCAGCCCCAUGGGCGGUCAGCAGCAGGGGGGGAUUUCCAGCAGCACGGGAGGGUAA